AUGAAUAAUCUUUCCUUUAGUGAACUGUGUUGCCUGUUCUGUUGUCCACCAUGCCCAGGGAAAAUUGCUUCCAAACUGGCAUUCUUACCUCCUGAUCCUACGUACACACUGAUUUGUGAUGAGAGUGGUAGUUGCUGGACUCUACAUCUCUCAGAGCGAGCAGACUGGCAGUAUUCUUCUAGAGAAAAAGAUGCCAUCGAGUGUUUCAUGACUAGAACAAGCAAAGGUAACAGGAUUGCCUGUAUGUUUGUGCGUUGCUCGCUUAAUGCCAAAUAUACUUUGCUCUUCUCACAUGGAAAUGCUGUUGACCUAGGUCAGAUGAGCAGCUUUUAUAUAGGACUGGGUUCACGGAUUAAUUGCAACAUAUUCUCUCAUGAUUAUUCUGGAUAUGGUGCAAGUUCUGGGAAGCCAACAGAGAAGAAUCUGUAUGCUGACAUUGAUGCUGCUUGGGUGGCUCUUAGAAUAAGAUAUGGAAUUCACCCUGAAAAUGUUAUUAUAUAUGGCCAAAGUAUAGGAACAGUACCAUCUGUGGAUCUUGCUGCUACGUAUGAAAGUGCUGCUGUAAUUCUUCAUUCUCUGCUGACCUCAGGAAUGCGAGUAGCUUUUCCUGAUAUGAAGAAGACCUACUGCUUUGAUGCAUUCCCAAACAUUGACAAAAUCUCUAAAAUAACAUCUCCUGUGUUAAUCAUCCAUGGGACUGAAGAUGAAGUAAUUGACUUUUCACAUGGCCUAGCACUAUUUGAGCAUUGCCAGAGACCUGUAGAACCACUGUGGGUAGAAGGAGCAGGCCAUAAUGAUGUGGAACUCUAUGGACAGUACCUUGAAAGAUUAAAACAGUUCUUGUAACAGGAACUGGUGAACUUGUAAUCUUCUUCGUAUAUUUACAUGCUUUUUCAUUUCACUGCAGAAUUGCACACCUUGAUAAAUAC